CACGAUAUGUAAAUCAAGUUCACCAAAAUAAGAAAAAAAAACACCUUUUACCUUUCAAAAUAAACCGCAGGUUUCCUUUUGAUCUCACCAUAAAUCAAUAAAUUCAAAAAUAAUAUUUUAAGAAGUUGUAAAAGUUAUAGGAAUAAAAGUUUUUAAACAGCACCUUUCAUUAAAGAUGGACUGCCGCUGCUGCUAAUGUUAAAGAACGUGUAUUAGUCUACAUUUUAUUUUGAAAGGCAUCACCGGAUGUUGUGAAUGCUGACGUGAUGGUGGUGUCGGGAGCAGCUAUAAGGGGCUCUGUUAGCGGCCGGGAGAAGCGGUGGGAGCUCGGGUGCUGGCGGUCUGUGGUGACACGCACUCGGUUUUGUGUCGUGUAGGCUAACCGAACCGGGACACGCAGGGACGGAAGUCAUGGGAGUCGCUCCGGGGCAGCUCUGGAGCAGCCGCAGCGGGGAACACGGCUCAUCUGUCGGCGUGAAGCAGGGAAUUUAACCGCUGGCGAGGAUAAAGGAAAACGUCGGGCCACUGUCUCCAUCACCUCCUCCACCUCCGCUGUGUCAGCCGGCAGUGAUGGAGCACAUACGGACACCGAAGGUGGAAAACGUCCGUCUGCUGGACCGGUCGUCAGGCCAGAGAAAGGCCAGCGUCGGGACUCUGUACCUCUCUGCCACGCACGCCAUCUUUGUGGAGAACAACCCGGAGACGCGCAAGGAGACAUGGGUAUUGCACAGCAUGGUGAGCAGCGUGGAGAGGCCGCCCACCACCUCAGGAGGUCAGCUGAUCCUUCGCUGUAAGGACUUCCAGAUCUUCCAGAUAUUCAUUCCACAGGAGAGAGACUGCUUGGACGUCCACGCCUCAUUGGCCAGACUGUCACGGCCAGAGAAGUACAGCGAGCUGUACUGUCUGUCCUUUAACCCCAACGUGAACAAAGAGGAGAGGGAGGAGUCGUGGAACUUCAUCGACCUCGCGGCCGACUACAAGAGGAUGGGCGUCCCUAACAACCUGUGGGUUGCCACGGCAGCAAACAGUGAAUACAGGGUGUGUGAUACAUACCCUUCAGAGCUGUUUGUUCCAAAGUCGGCCACGCCCGCCAUCAUCGUGGGCAGCUCGAGGUUCAGAAGUCGAGGACGAUUUCCUGCUUUGUCGUACUUCCACCAGGACACACUGCUCUCUCUCUCAGUGGGGGAAAUGCGAUCUCCGUCCAUGACAGACUUCCUGUGGGGGCUGGAGAACUCUGGUUGGCUCAAACACAUCAAAGCCAUACUGGAUGCCGGCGUCUUCGUAGCCCGGGCGGUGGCGGACGAAGGCGUCAGCGUGCUGGUUCACUGCUCAGACGGCUGGGACAGGACCGCCCAGGCCUGCUCUGUGGCCAGUAUCCUGCUGGACCCGUACUACAGGACCAUCAGAGGCCUCAUGGUGCUGAUACAGAGAGACUGGGUGUCGUUUGGCCACAAGUUCUCACACAGGUACGCUCACCUGGACAGAGAUCCCAAAGAGGUGUCCCCCGUCAUCGACCAGUUCCUGGAGUGCGUGUGGCAGCUGUCAGAGCAGUUCCCGUGUGCCUUUGAGUUCAACGAGCGCUUCCUCAUCGCCAUCCACGCUCACGUGUACUCGUGUCAGUACGGGACCUUCCUGGGAAACAGCCAGAAGGAGCGUCGGGACAUGAGGCUUCAUGAGCGCACUCACUCGGUGUGGCCUCAGCUGUGGAAGGACCGAGGCGAGUACACUAACCCUCUGUACAAGGCCGAGCAGAGCCAGAGUCAGGGCGUGCUGAGACCCAACACCUCCCCCUACUGCUUCAAGAUGUGGAAGGGUCUCUAUAACCACGCUGAGAAAUCGACGCCUCCCCGCCAGUCACCUGCCGACUUCCUGUCUGCCGUGAGGGAGGAGUCCCAGCAGCUGGAAGAGGAGCUGACCAAUCACCAGGAGAGGAUCGCAGAGCUGACGGGGAAGCCGAUCACCUGGGAGAAGAUCGAGGUUCCCCGGAGGAGGACUAGCUGCCUGCCGCAGAGGCACAGCGGGCCGGACCCGCCCACCUUAUACAGAGAGCCAAUCGCCAGCCUCGCACAGGACAGCAGUCACACACUUUCCUCUGCACCAGCCAAUCAGAAGACUCAAACCAAGGAGCCCGCACUCUCCCUGCCCUUAGGGCCACAUGCCCAGCUCAAGAGUCACGACCCCGAUGACCUCUCCACCUGCAGCGACCUGGAGUCGGGCGUGGCCGACCUCAGCAGCCGCUCAUCCAGCGGCGGUGAUGUCGGCAAGGACCCGGACUUGGAGUGACACGGACCGGAUCAAAGGGACUCUGCUGGCUUUUAUUAAUAUUUAUUCACAGGACGGCGAGGUGACGUUUCCAGGUUAAAGGGAGAAACCUCGGCGGCGUUUGAGACGGAGGUGAAAACACGGUUUAACGUUUUUGGUUCACAGAACAGACAGGCUGCUUCAAUUUAAAUGUUUUUAGGUUACUGACAUUUGUACUGAAACGCACGAUUGCACAGUGACAGGAAGUCAGACGCACACGAGUUUAAAGCGAUCAGAACAAACACGAGUUAUUGUCUCUUCUUCUCUCCACUGAAGAGUCUGAAAACUUGUUUCCACCCAGUCUUCCUCGUCCUGCAGCGCGGCAUAACGGGCAUAAAGGUUUCACUGUAGAUCAUGAAGCUGACCUGCUGUACGUGUUCAGCGUGGCCCUCGUUAGCUCGUCACAGCAGUCACGCCUGUGGGGUCGUAUUUGUGUGGACGACAGGCGGCCGUUUCCUCAGAGGGCUUCAGUCUGAUCCUGGAUCAGCCGUCUGCUCAGUCUAAACACUGAAGUGCUGCUAGAGCAGCUUUGAUUCAGUUCAAAAUGGCCCGCCCCCUUUAAGCCCCUGGUGGGCGGGGCUUCUACUACAGUUACUUUGGGAACACCGGGGAGAUUUUUUUAUUAGAGACAAACGUAGUUUAAACUGUCACAAUAACACAGAAACCCCACAAACACACUCUGACUGAAGUGCUCCAACACACACACACGCAGACA